AUGGAAGAGAAGAAGAAGAGGAAAAAGUUGGAAGCGGAUGUAGUUGCAAUGCCCCCCAUUGUCACUUAUCAUCCGCAUCCUCCGACGUAUUUUAUCGCCGGAACUUGUAGGAAAUACCACGACAUGAUGAUGAUAAUGGUAGGAUCUGAGGUCAUGGCUAUGCCAGGUGGGUUUAGGGCUUCUUCAUCCCGGACUCAUGUUGAGAAUGGUGAAAAUUUGACCUUCUCUGUUAACAAGCCAUGUUCAAUCUGA